AUGCUAUCAAGACAAUUUUACGGACUCUGCGUUGUUGGUAUUGCAGUAGCCAAGUUGCCUGAAAGCCCGGGUUGUGGCGAUAUCAAUGUUCUCUACACGUAUAGGUUUUCCAGCAUAACUCCCUACGUGGUUGAGCAGGGAUGGGAUCCAGUUGCGGUCGAUGCUGGAUACAACACUCGAAUUCUCAUGGGGCCCGAUGAGGACGUCAGCCAACUUGAGGCCCGUUUUCAAGAUGUUGAGUCCCACAUGACAGGUAUUGGCUUCGGUAUGAGGCCUGCAACGAUUCCUGAAAUCAGCACUCGCUUUAAGGAUAACAACUUCUUGUUCUGA